UCUCUCGCCAUCUCUCUUCGCUACAAUGGUACAGCCAGCAUCUUGCAGCACAAUGGUUGCGAGGUGGUGAGCUGGAGGAGAGUGAUUCAGCAUCGGCCUCGCCAUCUUGACGAUGAUUGCCACCUCGUACCCGGUCAGGAUGUUUUGAAAAAAACAAAAAAAAAAAACAGGACUGCCACCGGACUGGGAUCGUCAUCAGCUGGCACGGAAUGGUAUUUAUGAGCAGACAUUUCUUAUACAACUGCAGCCAACCGAUCCUGGAUGUGAAGAUUGCCUUUUGUCAGGUGUGUGUCCCUUACAGGUAAAAAAAAAGGGGUUUGGAAAACAAGUGGAUGUGUCAUAUAUUGCCCAACAUUACAACAUGAGCAAAAGCAAAGUGGACAACCAGUUCUACAGCGUGGAAGUGGGAGACUCCACCUUCACUGUCUUAAAACGCUACCAGAAUCUGAAACCCAUCGGCUCUGGAGCUCAGGGAAUCGUCUGUGCGGGCUAUGACGCUGUACUGGAUCGGAAUGUUGCCAUCAAGAAGCUGAGCAGACCCUUCCAGAACCAGACCCAUGCCAAAAGGGCUUAUCGGGAGUUGGUGCUCAUGAAAUGUGUCAAUCACAAAAAUAUCAUCAGUUUAUUAAACGUCUUCACCCCACAGAAAUCUUUAGAGGAAUUCCAGGAUGUAUACCUAGUGAUGGAGUUGAUGGACGCCAACUUGUGCCAGGUGAUUCAGAUGGAGCUCGACCAUGAGAGAAUGUCCUACCUGCUCUACCAGAUGUUGUGUGGCAUCAAACAUCUGCACUCUGCAGGCAUCAUUCACAGGGACCUAAAACCUAGCAAUAUAGUUGUAAAAUCAGAUUGCACGCUGAAGAUUUUGGACUUUGGCUUGGCGCGGACAGCUGGCACUAGCUUCAUGAUGACCCCCUACGUGGUGACUAGAUAUUACAGAGCCCCCGAAGUCAUCCUUGGCAUGGGCUACAAAGAAAAUGUGGAUAUAUGGUCGGUGGGGUGCAUCAUGGGAGAAAUGGUGCGCCACAAAAUCCUUUUCCCUGGCCGGGACUAUAUCGACCAGUGGAACAAGGUAAUUGAGCAGCUUGGAACUCCCUCACCAGAGUUCAUGAAGAAGCUCCAACCCACAGUGAGGAACUAUGUGGAGAACAGGCCCAAGUAUGCUGGACUCACUUUUCCCAAGCUCUUCCCUGACUGCCUUUUCCCUGCAGACUCUGAGCACAACAAACUCAAAGCGAGCCAGGCCAGAGACCUCCUGUCUAAGAUGCUGAUCAUCGAUCCUGCUAAACGGAUAUCCGUGGACGAGGCCUUACAGCACCCCUACAUCAAUGUUUGGUACGAUCCAGCUGAGGUGGAAGCGGCCAGAGAUCUCAUCCAAAUAUCCAUGCCACCGCCUCAGAUCUAUGACAAACAACUUGAUGAGAGAGAACACUCCAUCGACGAGUGGAAAGAAUUGAUCUACAAAGAGGUGAUGAAUUUUGAGGAGAGAACGAAGAAUGGCGUAGUGAAGGGACAGCCUUCACCUUCAGGUGCAGCCGUGAACAGCAGCGAGAGCCUCCCCCCUUCCUCUUCCAUCAACGACAUCUCCUCCAUGUCCACCGACCAGACCCUGGCCUCCGACACAGACAGCAGCCUGGAGACAUCCGCCGGACCCCUGGGAUGCUGCAGGUGACUAGCCGCCUGCCUGCGCAACCCCUCGUUCUUCCGGAGAUGAAGCAGUUCCAGUGAUUAAAAAAAAAAAAAAAAGGGAAAAAAAAGAGGAAUACGUUGAAAAUAAAAAUAUGGAAGAACAAAAUCCAAAGCCUGUGCAAUGUCCUUCUGAAAACAGCGUCGAUAUUUAAACAAUGGUUAUUGCUUUGCUGCUAUUAUUAGCCCUCAUAUCCAGAUGAAUUGCAUCGACUCUGCCGCGUUGGCUGGUGGCCUCCUGAAUCCCCUGUUGUCAAAGCUUUUCUGCUCUGGUUUGUGUGGCAAGGUGGGCUGCCUUUCUCCCAAACAAUGUCUGUGACGUCACAGUCACGAAGCAGGAUCUGUUUGUUUCACCGUGCACCAUUGUAAAUACUGUAAUUCUGUACAGCAGAGUGGGACUGACGGCCAGUACACUGAAACCUUUCUCUUGUUUUUGUUUCACGAGAGCACCUUGCCACAUCACCUCCCCCUCCUGCCUCAGUUGCCCCUUGUCCUCACUGUAUUCCUGCAUGAUUAGAUAUAAGAACAAUGCUAAUCGCACUGUAUGCUAAAAGAUGUAUAUUUUGUUCAUGUGAUGUUCACUAACAGCUGGUGGCACAUGUGUUUGUGAAGUCAGGGCUGAAGACUUAUCUUAAAUACAUCCCCAAAUCUAGAAUGCUUAUGGAAUUACUAAUGAAAAAAGGAAGGUACCUGACUGUGCCAAGUGCCUUUUAGAAGGUUCACAAGUAUAAAAGUCAUGCACAUUGUCCACUUUUUUUCUUAAAUCCCUGCCUAAUCUUUAGUGUUUUCGCUUACGCACAGAACUGCCAUUCCAUUUAGUACUUACAAAGGACUAGGACUGUCACUUUUUGUUACAAUUUCAGCCAUCAGGCAAGUUGACUGACCUUACUGAGCUCUAACCCGGGAGAGCCACAGAGGUGACCUCUUUUUCAACUUACACUAGCGGAUACCCACUAGCGCAGUAACCCUGGGCAGAACAACUUUUCAUUCUAUUAUGUUUUGUAUCUUUUAAGAGCCCUACUUCCUUUCUUUAAUAGAUGGAGGGGUUAGCUAGCAUCUUCCUCUAGUGAUCUGCUUCAUUGUCAGAAUUAUCAGAAAAUAUUUAUUUAUUGCUCAUGUAAUAACAAUUAUUGUUUCAACAUGCACCUAUUUAGAUCCACAUUUAGCAGCACUAACUGGACCAUCUAGUUGCAAUAUGACACCAUUUUCCAUAAAUGACUAGCUGCCACCUAGAAAAGGACACUUGUGAAUUUGCACAUAGAUUUGAAACAAACAAAAAAAAGCUGAGUCUGAACUCAACUGCAUUUGACCGCUGGACACAUUUGAGUUGGACUUUCUGAGUCUUCAGCACCUGACUAGUGAAACACUCGCAGACUCAUGGUUAUGUCACCAGGCUAACAAGGGGUCACCGGGGGUCUCCAGAAUAAGCUACUGCACGGCUUUAUGUUCAGGGUCUGGCCGGAGCAAAGUUACUAAACAGGGUGCAACUUUUGAACUUCUUUACGCUGUAUAAUACUGUCACACAAGAGUCUGUACAAGUCGGCUUCACCACAAUCACAGACACUCUCUUCAGUCACCCCUUUUCGUUCCGAAUGUGACUUUCUCUUAUCAACAUCCCAACAAACAAUUGUGUUACUUUAGAGUAAAAACAGGUGCUUAGAUGUCCCUUUUUUUUUUAAAUGUCACGCACCGGCUGAAGAGAUGAAGCUAUCACGGGAACGGAUGAAUGUACAAGUGUUUGGUUUCACCGUGACUUAAAAUAAAACCAGCGUUCGACACACAUUUGUUUAAAGAUGCAAUCUGGACAGUUCAUGUAGAUUUUGUGUGAUUGCAUUUAAGAAUGUUGGUGUGUGGAAGUAGGGUCAUGUGCGUGCUCACAUUAGUUAGUGUUGACAUGGGUGGGUCAUGAUAUUUGCCAAAAUCACGUUUCCUUUGGCUGGUUUCCACCCGGCACUCGCUGUGAUACAAUUUGGAAAGAGUGCUGCCGAUCAUCACUUGGAUUUGUUGAUCAUAUUGUAAAUAACAAAAACCCAACAAUGCAAUAAUCACUUUACUCAGACAGGGAGGAACCAUCAGGUGAUGCUUCAAUAAAACAGCAGUUAUUUCCACCCAAACAUGAAACAAUAAUCAAACCGGUGAAGCUCAUCCGAAUCAGGUGAUUGUUGUCCUUCAAAUGUUCUUUCUUCUACUCUGUGCUGUUUUUAGGAGUCAUCCCUUUUUCUUCUCUCUUUUUAGAAUUUAUUUAUUCUUAUUAUUAUUACUAUUAUUUUGGACAAUGUCAGAUUGAGGAAAUACCUAUGUAACUGUUCAUGCUGUUUUCAAGGCUUUGGGCUACAAGCAUUUCAAAAUCAAAUGCAAAAGAAAAAAAAUCGGAAAGCUGUUACUGUAAACACAUUUUAAAGGAACUGUGUAUGUAAAAAUAAUAUAUGUAUGUGAUUGAAAAUAAACAAAACUUUGAUCUUG